GGGGUCCCGGCGUCGGUGGCGCGCGCACUCCCUCCUCUCGGAGAGAGGGCUGUGGUAAAAGCCGUCCGGAAAAUGGCCGCCACCGCCGCCGCCGCGCCGAGCGGAGGAGGAGGAGGAGGCGAGGAGGAGAGACUGGAAGAAAAGUCAGAAGACCAAGACCUCCAGGGCCUCAAGGAUAAGCCCCUGAAGUUGAAGAAGUUGAAGAAGGAUAAGAAAGAAGACAAAGAGGGCAAACAUGAGCCUGUGCAGUCUGCCCACCACUCUGCUGAGCCAGCUGAGGCAGGCAAGGCAGAGACGUCCGAAGGGUCAGGCUCUGCUCCGGCCGUCCCAGAGGCCUCUGCGUCCCCCAAACAGCGGCGCUCAAUCAUUCGCGACCGGGGACCCAUGUAUGACGAUCCCACCCUGCCUGAAGGUUGGACACGAAAACUGAAGCAAAGGAAAUCUGGCCGCUCCGCUGGGAAGUAUGACGUGUAUUUGAUCAACCCCCAGGGCAAAGCCUUCCGCUCUAAAGUGGAGCUGAUUGCAUACUUCGAAAAGGUAGGCGACACCUCCCUGGACCCUAAUGAUUUUGACUUCACGGUCACAGGGAGAGGGAGCCCUUCCCGGCGAGAGCAGAAACCACCUAAGAAGCCCAAAUCUCCCAAAGCUCCAGGAACUGGCAGAGGUCGGGGGCGGCCCAAAGGGAGUGGCACUGCGAGACCCAAGGCAGCAGCGUCCGAGGGCGUGCAAGUGAAAAGGGUCAUGGAGAAGAGUCCUGGGAAGCUCCUCGUCAAGAUGCCUUUCCAAGCUUCGGCGGGGGGCAAGGCAGAAGGGGGAGGGGCAACCACGUCCACCCAGGUCAUGGUCAUCAAACGCCCAGGCAGGAAGCGGAAAGCAGAGGCUGACCCCCAGGCCAUUCCUAAGAAGCGGGGCCGGAAGCCCGGCAGCGUGGUGGCAGCCGCGGCUGCCGAGGCCAAGAAGAAAGCCGUGAAAGAGUCUUCCAUCCGGUCUGUGCAGGAGACCGUGCUCCCAAUUAAGAAGCGCAAGACCCGGGAGACCGUCAGCAUCGAGGUUAAAGAAGUGGUGAAGCCCCUGCUGGUGUCCACCAUGGGCGAAAAGAGCGGGAAAGGACUGAAGACCUGCAAAAGCCCCGGGCGGAAAAGCAAGGAGAGCAGCCCCAAGGGCCGCAGCAGCAGCACCUCCUCACCCCCCAAGAAGGAGCACCACCACCACCACCACCACUCGGAGUCCCCCAAGGCCCCCGCGCCGCUGCUGCCGCCUCUGCCCCCGCCUGAGCCUGAAAGCUCCAAGGACCCCAAAAGCUCCCCCGAGCCUCAGGACUUAAGCAGCAGCAUUUGCAAGGAGGAGAAGAUGGCACGAGGAGGCUCAUUGGAGAGUGACGGCUGCCCCAAGGAACCAGCUAAGACUCAGCCCGCGGUUGCUCCUGCCGCCACAGCCGCAGAAAAGUACAAACACCGAGGGGAGGGAGAGCGGAAAGACAUUGUUUCAUCCUCCAUGCCAAGGCCAAACAGAGAGGAGCCUGUGGACAGCCGGACGCCCGUGACAGAGAGAGUUAGCUGACUUUCAACUGAGGGGAUUGAAAAAGCAAACCAACAAGAAUAAAGGCAGCUGUUGUCUCUUCUCCUUAUGGGUAGGGCUCUGACAAAGCUUCCCGAUUAACUGAAAUAAAAAAUAUUUUUUUUUCUUUCAGUAAACUUAGAGUUUCGUGGCUUCAGGGUGGGAGUAGUUGGAGCAUUGGGAUGUUUUUCUUACCGACAAGCACAGUCAGGUUGAAGACCUAACCAGGGCCAGAAGUAGCUUUGCACUUUUCUAAACUAGGCUCCUUCAACAAGGCUUGCUGCAGAUACUACUGACCAGACAAGCUGUUUGUCAGGCUGCUUAGGCAACGCCUGCACCUGCCCUCCCACCCAACCCUUUUUACCCUGUGUGGGGCAGGAGUGGCACGCUGCUGGUGGUCAUUAGGAACAGAGAGCAGUUUAGAAAAUACCCGUUUUCCGUGCCAUUGGUGCCCCAGUCUCCUGCCCCCACCCUGCCUGCACCUCUCCCAGCUCCCCCCACCUCCCGCUCCCAGCGAUAACGGGACAAGGAGGUGUGAGGCAGGAGAGACAGCGGGAUUCUUUAGCAGAGCAGACCGAGAUGGCAAGUAGCUCUGGCCCCUGCAAGACCACCUAUGGCAGGCCAAGUCUGGUCCCACGCCGGUACCCAUCCAAACUCGACCAGGACACUUGCCCGAACAGAACAGUAACCCCUGUCCCCUCCAGUCCUGACAUGGCCUGGGAGGAGCCAUCAUGUGAACUGCUGGCUGUAGACUGGCCUGAGCCAGCGGAGAAUGGGCAAGGUGGCAUUGUCCACUCUCAGGGGACAUUCUCCAGAGGGUGGCUCUAGAGAGAGAGGCUGGGAGAACAGCCAGCCGAGGACACAGCAGGCUGGCCCAGGGUGGGGACCAGACCCAGCACAGUGGGGCAGAAGGGGUUCCUAGUUACUCCAGGCUGUCUUUACCGGUAGUUAGGGACAUAGUGGCCUGGGCGGGGGAGGAAAACUGUUCUUUCAGUUAUUUUCCAAUUCUACUACUUUAGGGACAGCUUAGAAUUAUUUGCACUAUUGAGUCUUCAUGUUCCCACUUCAAAACAAACAGAGAUGCUCUGAGAGAAAACUGGCUCACUCCAGCCACCAGAAGUGACAGUGUUCAGACUGCCUGUAUUUGUACAUAUCUGCGCUUGUUUUAAAGUGGGAUUAGCACAUAGGGUUCCCACGAAGCUUCGAAACUCUAAGUGUUUGCUGCAAUUUUAUAAGGACUUCCUGAUUGUGUUUUCUUCUCUCCUUCCAUUUCUUCCUUUCAUUUUACCCUUUCAUUUCUUCCAUUCUCUCCUUCUAUUUUGUCCUUUCUGUUCCAGGCAGCCGCAGUGCCCCACCAUACCCUGAGCUAACGCUUGUAGGCUCUUGGCCCUGUAGAAGUCUCCCUGCCUAUCCCUCUGCCUUCACGCUGCAGCCCCAGCCCCUUAGGAGGCCCCGGUCUCCGCUGAAUGAGAGCUGGCCAUAGCAUUUCAGGGCUUCUCUCCCUGCAGAGAAUGAAGGAGCAACAAGGUUUUGUUCUCCUAGGUAGGCCUUUCUUCCCUGGUAAGAAAAAAAGCAAAAUGCUCUUCCAACCCUAAGCAACAAGCCUUUGCAAAAACUUCAGCUCCAGAGAAGCAGGCGGGAGAAGUUGGGUGGGUGUGUUAGCUGGGUGCAGCAUUGAGGCCCCCAGUGUAGUCUCUGAGGCCCCUGUGCUAUCCUGACAGUGGCCUCUGGCUGACUCUGCCCAGCUCCUCCUGGCUUACAGUAGUGCAGACACUCCUGAGACCUGACCUAGCGCCCAGUCUCAGCCCUCAGCUCCUCUGAUUCUUAGGAAGUCCUGUCUAACAGAGAAGGCUGGGUGGGGCCAGUGCAUCACACAUUUCUCUCUGGUCCAAGGUGUGGUGCUGGGGGUAGUAGUGGGCUUGGGCUUGGGAUGGGUUUUAAUUUACAAGUUUUAAUUUGGGUUCCUGUCUUGUUAACCUCUGUUCAGGAAGUCCUUAUUUAGCUGCAUAUCUUCAUCAUAUUGGUAUAUCCUUUUCUGUGUUUACAGAGAUGUCUCUUAUAUCUAAAUCUGUCCAACUGAGAAGUACCUUAUCAAAGUAGCAAAAUGAGACAGCAGUCUUAUGCUUCCAGAAACACCCACAAGCACGUCACCUGUGAGCUGCUGCAGUGACCUGUCAAAUGUGUGUUGUCUUGUGUAUUUCUGUUCUUGUCCCCGGCUUCCUUGUUCUGGUGUGAUCCUGAAGGAGUGAAACAUCAUAGAAACCGUGUAGCACUUCCUUGCCAGUCUUAGUGAUCAGGAACCGUAGUCGACAGUUCCAAUCAGUAGCUUCAGAUAAAACAGUGUUUGUCUCUUCCGGAAUGGUUAGAAGCAAGGGAGUUUGCCCCGUUUGGUUCGUAGAGUCAUAGCUGGCCUGUUUAGCCUAUUUGUAUCCAUUUUCUUAUGCUGUAAAGGCAAGUACUGCAACAAAACCCAUGUCAGCCUGAUUCCUUACACCUGCACUUGCUGUCAAACCUUCCAGCUUCUCCUCUGGCUUCUCCCCAGGAAGGGAAGUGGGCGGUCUGGGGAGGGUGCGAGGCCUUCCUAACUCCCCUUCCUCGGAGGACAAAAGGCUCCUGACCUCUGACGUGGCCUCACUCGGUAGGCUUCUGUGAUCCUGGAACUCCUGGCUCCUCCAAAGGACACCUGCCCAUGUGUGUGUGGCAUCCGACCAGUUUGCUGAGACACUGUCACUAAGAAGACAUGGGUUGGGCUUGGUCUGGCUUUUAUACAAUGUGCCUAGUCCAGUGCAGUGUGGCUCUUGGGAGCAAAGUCAGGAGUUGGCAGUCGGGCCCAGGGCUGGCCAGCACCCCCCACUCCCCCAGCUUCUUUCCCUCUGGUUCCCAAAGCUGCAGCUGGCGCCUCAGGCUCCGCAGAGUCUACACUCUCCUCUCCCCUUCCAUCUGUCAUGAGUCUAAGCUGAGGAUGGCCCCUGUGGCUGCCCUGCCUUGAGGUCGAUUUGAACAGGAGCUUGGAGGAAGGCUGUGUCCCACCCUGUGUUAAGGGGGCCUCGGGUAUGUGUGUUCUUGAACUCGACAAAGAUUGAGGGCAUCUUUUAGUGACUAUGUGAAAAAUACAGGCAUUGACCAACAGCUUUCACAUGCCCAUGGGGCUGGAGCCUUGAAGGUCGCGUUCAGUCGUCCCCACCCUUGAUCUAGGUGUUAGUUUCUACCUCCUCUCCCUGGUUCGUCCUGCCCUGCCCCGCACUGGAGGGCUUGUCAUCAGUGGGGUAGCCAGCCUUGAGUGGGGGCGUGACCACAGCCAGGCACUAGUACAGAGGCACUGGGGCCCCUUAGAAAUGCCACAUCACCCAGCCCAUCAGGGUUGCAUGGGCCUGAAGCUCCCUGCUGGCCCCAAGCCUUGUUUGUCAUUGCCCUGAAGGGGACCCUGAAAGAAGGGUUAUCACCAGAAGCCAACAGCCAAGUUGGGUAGGGCAGGCGUUUCCUUAACUGACAGGACCUCUGACUUGUAUCCAACUUUUAAUAAGCAGCUCAAGCCCAGGCAAGAGCAGAAAGGUCUGCACUGAGUCCACCUGGUGUACCUGACUGGAGUUGGGCAGCCUGAGCUGUGUAUCCGUCCCUCCGCCCUGACUGGGCUGGGGAUGGUCACGGGUCACCAGUUCUUUGAGACCUUUAUGGUUGUCCCACAUUGCUUCCUGAUUCGAGUUUAACCCGACAGAAAUGAGCUGUUUCUAGAGUCCCCUGUGGAAGUUGGCAGGGCAAGCCCCUCGGUUCCCGCAGACAUAGCAGGCCGGGGAGGAAGUGGCCCCGGUGUGAGCAGUGAGUGUUUUGCGUCCCAAGCCCUGUGCACCCCCUCGGUCCCCAGGAUGCCCUGCUCCUGCCUGCCCGCCAUGCUCUCUCUCUGCUGUCUGCAGGGCCCAUCUCUGCUCUGUCCAUCAGCGAACUAGCUACACUCCGAAAGAACCUGUUCAUUUUCUCCACUUUUGUGUUUUUCUCUUUUAGAUACUGUGUCAAGCUUUAGAAAAGGCGUUGUCUUAAUUGUUAUAAGUCACUAGGAUACUGCCUCCUCCAGGGUCUAUAAUUACAUAUUAAAGGAGAAAAAUUUAACACAGAGACCAAUUCUCAAGCAUUAGAAGGAAAACCUAGAAAACGGUUGGCAGAAAAUUACAUUUCGAUGUUUCUGAAUGAAAAAGAGCAAACUUCUGCAAAAAUGCUGAUCUAAAAAUACUUCGAGCUUGGCCUGAGGUGUCUGGUGAGCAGUACAGGCCAAGGGAAAUCCAGCCCGAAGCCACCUGAGACUCUGGGCCACUUUGUCAUUGGAGAGCCAGUCUGUCCUUUGGUAGCAGUCCCUGAGGAGCCAGCCUGUGACCUGUUCUUUGGAAUUGGGUACGGAGGUUUGCGUAGGAGCCCAGCUCUUGGUAUGGGAGGUGGAAUGUUUACCGGUGACUCAGCAGGCCGCAAGCUGGCACCACCGGUCCCACCCUACUUCCUGCUCUCUCCUCGUCUUGACAAAGCCCACCCCAGUCACUGACGCGUAGGGAACUUGGACGGAGGGCGUGACGUCUAUCCCUCGGCAUCUGCCUGUUGGGCACCCUGUCCCCCAGGGACUCCAGUCCCCUCCCACCCCCUCGGCCAGUUCUCCCUGCCUCACUCUCCCUCCGGGUCUUAGGGCCUAGAGUGUUGGGAAGCAGCCCCUUCAUGAGACUGCCACCCGGGUUCCCCUCUGACUCCAGAGGUGAGGACAGAGGCUGUGCUGGAUGAGCCCCUCACCUCGCGCCUGGCCACCUCCUGAAGCCACCGGGCCCUGUCGGGAGGGGCGGGUGGGAGAAACCCUGGGGCGGAGGCAGGACAGGUGCGAGGAGAGCAGCCCCCACCAGCCCAGCCCAGCCCAGUCCAGUCCCCACCUUCCUGGGUGGAAGCCCAACAUUGGAAUUUGAGAACAUUUGGGAGGCUCGCACAUGGCCUUGGCUCUGCUGGCCUCCCGUCUUCUCUUGCCCUUGGUCCUGGCCUGCUUAGCAGGGAGAGGAAUCAGGUGAACAGUGCCCUCCUGCAGUGUCCGUGUGUCCAGUGAUGCUCCUCGUGACUUAGAGACACCUGCCUAGGCUGCUUGUGCUCCUUGAUCCUGGGGCUGGCUUUGUUUUGCUUUUUAGUUCUGCCUUUAGUUUUUCUGUCCCUUUUAUUUAAUGCACCAACUAGACACAAAAAGCAGUGGAAUUUUUAUAUAUAUAUCUGUAUAUUGCACAAUUAUAAACUCAUUUUGCUUGUGGCGCCACACACAAAAGACCUGUUAAAAUGAUACCUGUUGCUUAAUUACAAUAUUUCUGAUAACCAUAGCAUAGGACAAGGGAAAAUAAAAAACAAAAAAACAAAAAAAACCGACAACUCUGUCUGCUGGUCACUUCUUCUGUCCAAGCAGAUCCGUGGGCUCUCCUGCUGGUGUCUCCAGGGCUGCCUCGUGCCAAGCCAGGGCAGGCGCCAAACGUCACCCAGGGUGUGCCCUCCUUUUCCUAGUCUCUUGUGCUUGUGAGCUGUGUCCCUAGACUGGGUGCAGGACAGAUCACCUGCACGGGCAGGUGGCCAAGGCUCCCUUGACCUGGGGAAGACUGGAGUGUAGUCAGCUCUGGGUGGGGGAGCUGGAACCCACAGAGAGUCUCGACUUCUCCCUCCCCUGCCAGUGAGCUGGGCGUGGUGAUCAGCGUGGGGAGUCAGGGGACGGAGGGGAGAUGGGAAGGCCAGGAAGGGCCCCAGGGACUCCAGAACCCCAUGCGUCCGGUGUGCCCCCACCAGGAGUUGGAGAAGACUCCAGAACCACCCCUUUCUUCUCCCGUAGCCUACCAGUAAAUUGCAUUUGCUUUUGUAAUUCUAAAUGAGCAAUAUCUGCUAGAGAGUUUAGCUGUAACGGUUCUUUUUGAUCCUUUUUUAAAAACACCAAAAAAAAAAAAAAAAAAACUAGAAACUUGUUCUUCCAAAGCAGAGAGCAUUAUAAUCACCAGGGCCAAAAGCUUCCAUCCCUGCGCCAUUGCUGCUUCUGAGGCCCACGUUCACAAGAGGAAUGGGUCUCUGGCCCUUUGGGUGGCUGGGCUGCCCUCAGGACCCUCGAGAGAAAGCUGGGUGGGAGGUGCUCACCCUGAAGCUGGUGUUCAGUAUUAGCAGUGGGCCGGGUAGGGGAGAGUCGGCCAGGAGACCACUGGCGCUGAUGUCCUGCCACUCCCAGGUGGGUGUCCCCAUGUGUAAAUGCACGUGAUUUCUGACCAGAAGUGAAGGCAAUGCCGGAGUUAGCCCCCGUGGGCCGCUAGCCCUGCCGGCCGGUGAGGCCCCCUGUUCAGUGUUUCUGUGGAGGACGAUGGGUGCAGAAAGGGUCACAGAACUUGAAGCCUGCUCCUUCCCUUGCUACCAAGGCCGCCUUUUUCUGUUUGAGUUUAUUCCUGCUUCAAUCAAUAACAGCCGCUCCAGAGUCAGUAGUUGAUGAAUAUAUGACCAAAUAUGACCAGGACUGUUACUAACUACGUGCCGGCCCGAGUAUCCGGACACUGUAGCGCGUGCUGUGUUUGCGCUCCUUUCUCCUUCCUGCCCUGCCCUUGCCUUGUCUUUCUGGGGGGUUUCUGUUUGGGUUUGGUUUGGAUUUGAUUUUUCCUUUUGUGUUCCAAACAUGAGACACUCUCUACUGGUCCUCUUAACUGUGGUGUUGAGGCUUAUAUUUGUGUAGUUUUUGGUGGGUGAAAGGAACUUUGCUAAGUAAAUCUCUUAUGUGUUUGAACUGAAGUCUGUAUUGUAACCAUGUUUAAAGUAAUUGUUCCAGAGACACCAUUUCUUUACAAAUGAACAAAAAUUGGAGGGAGGAGGCCGGUGACUGAAAUGAGAGGGCCUACCUCUUCCCCCGUUCCGGGGAAAUCUGAAGAGAUGGCCCCCUGCCCAGGUCAGCCACAACCCCCCCAAAAGACAAAAAGACAAAAGAGAGUCCGGUUCUGGCUGACACGUGGCCAUCCUCUAAGAGCAAAACCCCUUUCAUACCACCCAGUGGAUUCUUUUGGCUUCACCCCACCCCCACCCCAAGAUUACUCACAUCAGAGUUAUUUUUAAGGAAAGACAAGGUGGCAUUUGCGAGGGUAGCCAGGAGAGGACUGGAUGUGUGGAGCUGCCUUCGCUUAAGUGGGGAGGGAGGGUGGAUGGCCUAAGUGGUGGGGCCCGGAGGUCCUCGGAGGGGUCUGGCCCAGCUGGCGCUGGGAGGUGAGUGCUCCCCGCCAGAAGCAGCUCCUCCUGAACAGGCCUGGCGUUUGGAUGAUCCUCUCCAAGGCGGGUCCCGCGAAGUUACCAUUAAAGACACAGCAUCCCCUCCCCACCCCAUUCAUAUGCACAACACCAAUGUGAUGUCCCAGGGCAGUAAGUUGACUUGGGAGGGGGCUCUCUGAUCCCUGGCAAAAUGUGGCAUUGAGAAACCCUCUUCCCUUCCCUCAGAGAAGCUGUCACCCAGCAUUAGACAUUGUUUGGGGUUCAUGGGACACAUCUCUGCUCCGUGUCCGGCAGCCCCCCUUGGAAAGGCCAGGGACAGUGCCGGUCGUGGUGGCCACUUGCACGGGGAGGGAGGGGUAGUAGCUACAAAAACCAGGUGGGGGAGGGCUGCCCUCCGGAGGCGCAGUUACACUCCCUGUCCCAGCCUGGAGGCCAGUGACACGGGCCACCCAGCCCAGAAGCCUGUCCGAGGAUGGGGGAAGUGUGGAGGGUAGGGAGAGCCUGGGGCAGACUCAGCCUUGAUGGCAUUAACCUUCGGGUUUUGUGUUUCGGGACAAUUACUUUAGAAAAUAAGUAGGUCGUUUUAAAAACAAAAAAAAUAUUGAUUGCUUUUUUGUAGUGUUAAAAAAAAAAAAAGGGUUCUUUGUGUAUAGCCAAA